UCGUACUUUGAUUUUCAAUCGUAUGUUCGUACCUACAGUGUUUUGUUGCAGAAUAUUCAUUGCUUAAAUGAAUACUAUUUCUCGGUUAAUUUGUUCUAAUUAAGGAUAAAAUCAAAUAUGAAAGAUUAAUUAUAUCAAUACAUUAAGGACCAAAGAUUGUUUGGUGUGUAUUGGAAGCAAAGAGGGCGCUGGUGUAGAAGGAUUCUUUUCAAAUAAGUCAGAAUCUCAGCUUGUUACUGAAUGACAGUUGACGUGUAAUUUCAAACAUUUACCUAUGUUUUGCCAUUGUUUUCUAAAACACUGGGUCAUAUUUUAAAAUAUUUUUGUAUGCAUUUUUACAUUCAGGCAAAUGGUUCGAGUAGGGUUUACCUAUGAACAAGUUUUGUGCGCAAUUCAAGUUCCUGGAAGUGCUCGCAUAUAACCUAGAAUAGCAACAAUUUCACAAAAAAAUGGACACGCCAGAUAAAAAUGUUUCCAAUACAGAGUUUAGUAAAGUCUUCAAUGGCGAAGGCAAUAUUGUGUAUUAUGGAGUUCAUAUACCAGUGGAUGUACAGAUACAGGAUAAUGAUGAAUACUGGCAAGUUUUUGAAGACAAGACAGAUGCAUUGAAGUUGGUAAAAAAGUACAAGAAGGCUAGAUUCAAAGCUUUCAAUUUUUAUCAUGAAGCUGUGGAAUUUGCCACUAAUGGAUAUGAACAAGCCAAUAACAUGAGUGUUGAUGGUGGCUUUCAAAAGACAGAGCAUGUACAAAGUGUUGGUGAAAAAGCAAGUCAGUUCAGAGGACCUACUCCACAGAAUAUAGUUAAGCUACGCAAGGCCAUGGAAUGUGGUGAUCUCAAUUUGGUGCAAAAAACAAUAUGGGACAACCCCAGAUAUUUAAUUGGUGCUGGAGACACACCAUCAAUCCUACAGGAAGGAUCAAGAUAUAAUGGACUUCAUGUUUCAUCAAAAUCAAAGAAUGGAGACAUGUGUGAAUUAAUUUUGAACACUAUAUCAAACAUAAAAUUUAUUAAAAAACUAUACGUGGAUGACAAGAGCCCAGAGGAAAGAGCCAAAAUACUACUUGAUUUAUAUUUAAAUACUCCAGACAAAGGUUCCCAUGAAACUCCAUUACAUUUUGCUGUCAAAUUUGGUGCUAUCAAAUGUGUUGAAGUUCUUGUGUCCUUCUCACAAUGUGACAGAAAUCUAAGGAACAAACAUGGAAAGUUGCCAAGUCAAAUUAUUUGUGAUAGAUAUGAUGGACCUGAUGCAAGAAAUUUAAGUGACAAGAUAUCAGCAUUGUUACAAUAUAACUAUUAUGUACCAGUCCUAAGAUCUGAAGAUAAUUGUGCACCUCCUCUUAUUGGUCAACCAUUUUCACCUUGCAGUCCACCUAAAUUAAACUCAGAUCCUAGAAGUCCUAGAUUAGAGAUUCACGCAUACGCAGGUCCGAUGAACAAAGAAGGUGCCGAUAAAUUCAGAAAGAUGUGGAAAACGCCGCCGCGCAAUGGUAACUUCGGUAAAUCGGUUAUUUCUAAUAGAUUGAAUAAAUCAGACUCGAUAACCAAUAUGCGGUUACGUGAUCACGAGAAAGGGCUCGAACGUUGGGGAAAUAAUUUGGCCAAAACGAUGUCUGUUGGUUGGAAGGAGUACUGGCCUUUUUUGGACACCUUCGUAGAUAUUACUUCUGAGGAAGGAUUGAGGCAACUGGAGAAUUACUUGGCCGACAAAGCUGCAAAUAUGUAUCGAAUGUCUCCACUGUCGUCCAAUAGUUUACAGUCACCUGUAAAUGAGUCUGGAACAAAUUCUCCGCCAAAAGCUUCUUGCAUUGCUGACAUAAGUCCAAUGACGGAGCUAUGUAGGGCACUCCAAACAUGUUCUAUAAAAGAUAAUAGUCGACGGUUGUCAAACGGUUUUGAUAAGAUUCAAGAGACUCAUAGUGAUUUGAGUCCUUUCUUCUGCCUGGAUAAAUCGUUGCAAGUAUUUGCAAAAAGAAUAUCAAAUGACAUAUUACAUCUGCUCAAUGUACAAUACGAUACUUGCAAAGUGAUAGAAACGCAAGUGAAACAAUUGCAAUUGUUAAUGCUAAGUUACAUGGACGAUAAUAGAUUUAGGUGCAUAGAUUUCCAGUUGGUACAUUCAAGGCUCUCAUAUCUGAUCAAGAUGAUCUUGAAGCAAAACCUUAAAAAAUUUACUUUGCUAGAAAACAUGCUGGACUUGUGGAUGGAAUUUUGCAGUAAAAAUUACGAUUGUUUUUCAUCGGACGAUGAGGGCGUACAGAAUACAGUAGUACAUAUGAAGAAUCAGCAUUCUAUGUGCAUUUUGAAACAUGUGCAGGAGUUCAUUUCCAAGGAUUACAUGAUGGAUGAAGUGGAGAGCGAAGAGGACUGCGUGAAAAUUUGGAAGGAAAUGAAACCGUGCUCGUGCGCAUGGAAGAAUAAAGGACACCGAAAGAAUCAUGGAAACAAGCGGACCAACAGUUUAAAGUUUCGAAACCCAUUUAAACAGGAAUACUCUAGGAAAUUAUUCCAGGAAGAUAAUACUGCUCUGAGCAUUAGUAAUCAGAAGGUAGCUAGUUCGGAUUCAUCAUCAUCAGACGAUGAAUACUUUACACCUCCGUCUUCGCCAAGUUUAUUGGAUAAUAAAUCGGACGAUGAUGAAAAUUACUAUGAGACUCAUCUUCCAGACAUCGAGAUAUUCAUAGAAGGAGACUUUCCAACAAAAGUAGAUGCUGCCGUUUAUAACGCUCUCAACUACGUUGAAUGCAAAUUGAAUUAUAAAGAUUAUCCUAACAUAUGCAACUGGCAAAAUGCAGUCAGCCUGUAUAAAGAGAGCGAAAGAAAUAAUUGGGGAAAUGUGAGCGUUGCCAAAUGCAAACUAGACAUGAAUACAUCGUUGAUGUUGACAUCGACACCAAUUAAAUCGACUUUCUGCAAGACUACGAUGGAUUCCUCACCACCAUACACCCCGCCCAAAUCCUGGCUUCGAAUCACCGGUGCUAACUCGCCUAGGGUUAGCAUAAAGAAUCAGCAAGGCAAUGUUAGCUUUAACUUGUAAACGUAUAUUUUCAUUUUAUUCUAUAUAUAUAUAUUCAUUUUUAUUUUGUACUA